CGAUCGUUGAAGAAAGACGAGCUCUGGUUUUCUACCAAGCGAAGUGAUCGAAGUGACCGUUUCGAACGAGACAGAACCCCCCCGAACGAACCCCACGUGCUAGUGUGCUGGUGUGUGUGUGUGAAAGUGUAGACAAGAGUGAGCAAUCGCAAGAACAUUUGUGCAUCCAAGCAACUGCCGUGCAAAACGCAAAGUGCAAAGCAUUAGAAUGAAAGUGUUUAUCGCAAUCGCUGCCCUUCUGGCCGUGGGCAUGGCCGCCCCGGCACCAGCCACCGAGCAGACCGGAGGAUUCGGCAUGAUGGCCAAGUACUUUGGAUCGUGCCUGGAGAGCGACGAGAUGGCUACCUGCUUCGCCGUCAAGGGUAUUACCGCCCUGAACCGUGCUGCCCGCGCCGCCAACAUUGAGCUGGCUCCUGGUGUCACUUUCACAAGAGACCCAGCCGUGCCAGUUGAGCGCACCGGAAAGGCCAUCUCGGAGAACGAAAUCGUGAGCACGCUGCCAGCCGAUGCCGACCAGAAGACGGAUGCCCUGUUCGAUCUGGCCAUCGACUCCGCCAAGCGCCUGUUCAGCGCCCGUUCGAUCCAGUUCAAGCUGCCCGAGGAGACGACCGAAACGAUCGCCCGCUCGCUGGAGGAAGGUAGACUGCUGAAGAAAGGCAAGAAGCUGAAGAAGGUGCUCGGCCCGCUGGUGCUCGCCCUCGGCGGCAAGCUGUUCGCCCUGCUGCCCCUGUUCCUCGGUGCCGUCGCCCUGCUCGCCGUUAAGGCUCUGCUCGUCUCGAAGGUCGCGUUCGUGAUGGCUGCCGUGCUCGCCGCCCAGAAGUUCCUCGGCGGUGGCGGUGGAUCGCCCCUGAACCUGCUGUCCAAGGUUGCCGGUGGAUCGUCCGGUGCCGUCGUCGGUGGCGGUGCCUCGGCCGGAGCUGGCGGCUGGUCGUCCGGUGCUAGCGCCGGCGGCUGGUCCAACACUGGCGCUGCCUCGGCCCAGUACCCGUACGCUCGCAGCUACGACACCGCCCAGGAGCUCGCCUACAGCGCGCAGGCACCGUCGCAGUAAGGCUGUUAACCCCACUUCCCACACUCCCCGCGGGACAAGAUCGCUUCCGGAUCCCGAGCCUGUGAUCCGUUUGGUCGAGCCUUGUAAAAUAGCCGUCGGACUGUGCCGCCGAGCCACGGUUCCGUAAUCGAUUUCCGUCACUUCGCUUCCAGUCAGUCUGUUUCACACUUUGAACUCUCGAUGAACUCGCCUUCGUACGUACUAUCUAGUCUACUUCCUUCUUAGUCGUCUUAUCCUCAUCUGUCAUGGACGACAUACGGCGUAAUCAGCAUCAUCAUCGGCAGCGGCUUGUAACCGACGAAAGCGGAGCAAGCGGGCCGGAUGCAAGCAUCUUCAUUAUUUCCACCAGAGCAGCGCCUUGCUCAACACUCUCCACCUACCUGCCUGUAGCACCCGCUAGUCUCCUCGGCCCAAAUGUACGCACUCGCGCACACACCACACUCGCCUGCAAUCGCGCACGAAAUUGAGAGCGGACCCACGCAAACCUCCGCCCGGCCCGGAACCUCGAUAUCCGGAUGUCCGUUUAUGUAAAUACACCGACCAAAAGUGCCGAUCAGGUGGGUCGGGUAGCGCAGCGUACGUUUCGGGGAGGAUAUCGGCAGUGCGAUUGGGUGGGGUCGAUAUUAGCUUUCUCUUCUUUGCCGGAUCCUUCACACCUCACGCUCACGCUUCACCGUACCCUUUUCUCGGCACGGAGGUGCAGCUCGGGGUUGGUACUCCGGCUCGACCGCGACGCAUCUGCGUAGCCUCAUUCUUCGACGCUUCUAUGCCACCAUACACCACAACGAAAGCGACGCUCACACAUACGCUCAUCACAAAGCAAACAAACAAACAAUACACACACACAUACACAACUGCGCCAUUUCGGACCGUGCGCGAUCGUUUCUGCGAUCGCACGCGGCUCCAUUUGUCUUCUAACGUAAUAAUAUUUUUUUGUAGUGUUUAGUAAUUUAUUAUUACCGAUACCGCCGUGGGUGUGUGAGAGCGGUGAAACGAGAUCAGGUCAGUUGAUCAAGGUAGCAAUUGAACCGAGCAGGAAUGCGUCCAGGGAGGUGUAUGUGUGUUUACAGCUGACCGCAAAGUCCCGCGACCGCUCCGAAGACCGAAUUGGGUAGUUAAUUUAUUUUUAUUUAUGUAAUUAAAUUAUUAAAAAAGCAAAACGCAACCACGCAAAAUUCGAACACUGCCAAACUUAAGGGCUCCGAACAAAAUCACACACCUAACCCACAAUAGAGCAGAACGGGCAAACGAGUUAACCAUUAACCUGCUAGUACACAGGGCAACAAUAAACGCAGAUUAGGUAGGACCACCGCAACAGGGGUUCGUACUACAAUGUAAUGCACGAAACGGCAGGGAACAGGCACUUUUGUUGUUCCUGCUUCGGUAACCAGCAGGUUUCAUACCUACCAACACACAAACAUACUCUCAUAAGCAGACCGCAAUAGACGUUUGUCAGGAAUAAACGCAGCAAUAAAAAUAAAAACGACUUAUUAAAAAAAAAACACUUCUA